CAUCAUCUACCCAAAAGGUAUAAAUAUGGGUGGCCACGAUCGCGCGCUGUAGUUGCAGUCCAUGAGAAAAAGUGUGAGGAUCUCCCCGCUCCCAAGUUGUCUCGAAGUUGUAGUGCGUCCGCUGGCAAAAUCGGGUUUAAAGCCCGAAAACAGCAUUCAAAAGCUUUAAACGUACUCCCAGUGCGUUUGGGAAGGCCAGGCAAAGACCGGCUUUCCCGUGUCGAGGUUUCCGAAGCCUUCAAGAUUGAUAAAAGGUCGUCAUUGUCGAAUCCAGUUCCACAAUGGUCCGUUUCGAAGACUCCUUCAGCAAUGCAACCCUCGCACCUAGGAGAGGAGCUAGCAGCGACCCCGGUCCGAAACGGACCUGGGGUUGCUCUUGGCUCCAGGACUCAUGCUGGAACUUGGAUCGGCACCAAGAAGCCCAAACUCCAGAAACCACAAGCUCUGGUAGACACGGACGACAGCCACAUUCAUGCUCUAAUGGACAUGCACUUCAGCCACACUUCGGGUGACCUGAAUACCCCAGACAUCAAGUUAGAAGACUUUAAAUUUGACGGGACUCACGAAGAGCCCAGCCACAAUGAUAGCAUGGAAGUGAGCAGCACCUCUUGGGACCAAGAUGCUGACUCUUUCAUGGGCGAGCAGCACGGCCCUCCAUCGGAUGGGACUGUUUACUUCGACACCAGUCCAGGCGAGCUGCAGGGCGACCUCGAAAAUCGCGUGUGUCUGACCAAAUAUACCAUGAAUAGCGACACAGAUGGAGAUGCCCUACAGCCCACCCCGGUCUCGACUUCCGGCCUCUUGGAAACUCUAGCUUCGACUACAAUGUGCGUAGAUCCAUGUUCAGCCGCAAGCCUACCCACGCCGGCCACUUCUUACCAGAACAGCGGGACAGAUUUCUUGCACAGUCCAAGCAUCCAUGGCCAGCAGCUUCACAACUCUUCUAUGCCGGUUUCAAGCACGUCAGACACGGACUUCGAAAUUCCAGCGGAUAUCUUGGACCAGAUCAAUAAGCUCCUGCCAGAUUCCCUUAUGGACGGCGACAUUUGGGGGGACGAUGACGCCGCCACGUCUACAGAGCUGGACUUAAUGCUCGUCCAGCAACAACCGGACCUCCUGCUUGGAGCCAUACAGAACAGUGGACUCAGUCAUGAGCUCGAGAAUUUGGUCGAGACGUCAUCCACAGCAAAUGAAAUAAUUGACUUCGGAGAUUCCAUUUGCUUCCCCGCUGAGAGACCAGUUGUCAAAGAAGAGGCGUCUCUGGCAGAAUGGUCCAGCCAGUUUAUCAACGAAGGGCCAAAUCCCCGGGACAUCGCGCUGUUGUCUCCGUCCACCGCAUCCCCGAGCAGAAGGGCCGUCGUGGCUCCCGGGGCGCCGUCCAAGCCAGAGCCCUCCCAGUCCUCAUCAGCCAUGCCAUCACUGAGACCUGACCCCACACCCCUGUCGGGAAGCAGACCCCGACGGACCAGCAAGAAGCCCGUGCGGUUCGAGGACCACGACGACGACGAUGAGGCGAGUGUGAACAUGGAUCUUGACUUCUCGGAGGAACCAACUGCCUCCACCUCCAGUUAUACCGCCACCGGGAGGAGGUCCAGACAGUCCCUGCAGAACCUGUCAGAGAAAGAGAAAUACCAUAGGAUAAGACAUCUCAACAAUGAAGCUUCAAAGCGAUGCAGGCAGAAGAGAAAGCUGAAAAUGAAAGACAUAGAAGCAGAGGAAACAGAACUCCUUCAGAGAAACAGAGAGUUGAAAGAACAGUUAGCACAUGUAGAGAAACAAAGAGAUAGAAUGAAGAAAUUAAUAAAUUUGAUGUUCAUGGUGGCCAAGAAGUGAACGCAGUUUGUUUGGCCGCACCAGAAAUCAUGUACAAAUUAUUGGUUCUCAAUUUAUGUGUGCUAUUUUUAAAGAGAUUUUAGAGAUUUUAUCAACAACCCAGUAAUAGCAUUAUUUUAAAAGACAUUUAAACUGUUAAUUUAAAUCCAUUAUGUUUUUUUAUACAUUUUUAUACAUUUUAAAAGUUGGGAUAUUUAUGGAAAACAUUUACUGUAAGAAUAAUUUUAAGAAAUAAAAAAGAAAAAAA